UUUAAUGGCACCGAUCACCAGAAUAGUCUGGUUUUGGGAGGACAGGCGUCAAUGUGGGGCGAAUGGGUUGAUGCCAGUAAUUUCAUGACACGAACAUGGCCAAGAGCUAUGUCUGUGGCCGAAAGAUUAUGGAGUCCGAAGAGUUUGUCAAAUGCAACCGAAGCUCAGUAUAGAAUAUUCCAACGCCUUUGUGCCGACCCAUCUGUCCUCAUAGUCAAUAUGACGGGACCCUGA